CUUGCCAUUACAUUCGCAUUUCUCUAUUUCUUGCCAUAUAGAUUUAUUUGUCACUCGUUAUGAGGUGAUACUCUCAAGUAAUUGGCUGUUCGACUCGAAGUCCAGCCAUGGCGAUGACAACUCCAACUCGCCGAAUCCACUACUCUCCCCCGUGGGGAAAUGCCAGCAUCAUUGGAGUAGCAGGGAGCUCCGGAUCAGGAAAGACAUCUUUAGCCUUAGCUAUCGUGGCUUCCCUGAACCUCCCCUGGGUUGUGAUCCUGUCCAUGGAUUCUUUCUACAAGCCGUUGACGCCGGCCCAAUCCGCAGCGGCUUUCAGAAAUGAGUUCGAUUUUGACUCGCCGGACGCCAUUGACUUUGACGUGCUAGUGGACAGGUUACGAGACGUCAAAAAUGGAAAGGUUGCUGACAUACCAGUCUACUCUUUUCAGAAACAUGCUAGGCUGGAGCAAACCACGACCAUCUACUCUCCGCAUGUGCUUAUUUUGGAAGGCAUCUUUGCCCUGCACGAUCAGCGUGUAUUGGAUAUGCUGGACUUGAAGAUCUUCGCCGAAGCAGAUGCAGACCUUUGUCUCUCUAGAAGGCUGGUCCGAGAUGUCAAAGAACGCGGCCGCGAUAUCGACGGCUGCAUAAAACAAUGGUUCGGCUUCGUCAAGCCAAACUUCUCCAAAUACGUCGCGCCCCAGCGCGAAAUCGCCGACAUUAUUAUUCCGCGCGGCAUCGAAAAUAAAGUGGCCAUCGCCAUGAUCAGCUCCCAAAUCCAGAAGACGUUGCAGCACAAGUCGGCCCAGCACCAACUCGAGCUUACUCGGCUUGGGAAGAUCGCAGAGGACAGCCCGUUGUCCCCAAACGCAAUUAUCAUUAAGCAGACGAAUCAGGUUAAGGCCAUCCAUACGCUCCUCAUGGAUGAGACGACCAGUACGGAAGACUAUAUAUUUUACUUUGACCGGAUGGUCGCUUUGCUCAUUGAGACGGCGGUUGACUUCCUACCCUUCACGCCCUCUCAAGUCACGACGCCACAAGGACACGUGUACAUGGGCCUUAAGAAGACUGCGGAAAUCAGUGCGGUGGUAGUCCUCCGCGGUGGCAGCGCCUUCGAAACUGGGCUUCGACGCACGAUCCCCGAUUGUCGCAUCGGCAGGAUACUCAUCCAGACGAACUAUCGGACGGGCGAGCCAGAACUGCAUUACCGGGCGCUGCCCGCGAACAUCAAGCAGUGUGGGCUUGUGUUGGUGCUUGAUCCGCAGAUGUCAAGUGGUGGAGCGGCGCUGAUGGCGGUUAAGGUGUUGGUGGAUCAUGGAGUGCCAGAAGACAGGAUUGUGUUCGUGACGUACAUGGCGGGAAGAGUGGGCGUGAAUCGGGUGUUGAGGGUUUUCCCGGAGGCCCGUUGCGUGGUGGCUAGGAUGGGGGACGAUAUGGAGAAUCGAUGGGUAGAAACUAGAUAUUUAGGAUGUUGACAAGGGUCGAUUAACUGUCAUUAGGCUAUAGCGGCCUGAUAAGCGGUUGGAUAGACAGGGUUUUGGCUGGGGAAUGUAUCCGGGCGUGCCAUGGCAGCGGGACAGUUGAUGCAUAUCACGCAUGAAGGUAACACAAUCAGGAGGGUAGCUUUCAUGCAUAUAUUAUUACAUCGGCAGCUCUAAGAUAC